AUGGCAGACCAUGGCAGCUGCUUUGAUUCGUCUCCCUUCGAGGUGGGCGCUGCGCCUUUGGCGACUCCGUGCUCUCUGGGCGUGCCGUCGCUGCCUUCUCGUGAACUGCCUCAGCCCGCACUCAUGAGCCGGCAGUCCCGGCUACCGGAAGGUCUUGCAUCCGUCGCCCCUCUCCCGUCUCAGCCCCGCUGCUCUUUUUCCUUUCCUUGUCUGCAUCCUCUCGCCCACUCUUCUGCUGCCCUUUCGUCUCCUCUGCGGAAUUCUUCUGGCCGGGCCUCUGACGGCCGCGCCCCGCGGCGGGACGCGCAACCCACCGCUGUUUCGCUGGCUCUCCUCAGUGACUCUGCCGCCCCCCGCCCGUCUUCUUCUUCAGCGGAAACGCCGGAACCCGCGGACGCCCUCGCACACUCGCCAGUGCCGUCUUCCGCCGCGUCCAGCUACUUGCCGUCGCCUGCCUCCGCCCCCUCUCGCUGCGCGCUGCGUUCUCUCAAUUCCUUCCCUGCCUCGCUCACCGCCGCCCCCGCGAGAGCAGCCGCAUGUCCCUUCUCGUCUGCGCUCGGGGCGGCGGCGGAGUCGCUCCGGCACCCGCGCGCCUCAGCCAGGUACGCCGGACCGUCAACUCCAGUCUGGUGCGCGGCGGCAGGCGCCCUGCACAGAGACUCCUCCAGCUGCCCCUCCCCUGCGGCGGCGGGCGCCCUGCACAGGUCGCGGGACUCGCCACCGGCAGCCGGUCUCCUCUCGCGUCUCCCCGCGGAAAAACGCUGCUUCGGGCUCCCGCGGAGCGACGACAAAGAGGCUCGGGGGCCAGAGCCCAGCGGCCUUCUGCCCUCGCCGCGCGCUUCGCCUCAGAGGCCGGCAGCGGCGCUCACCGCGUCUGCCGUCUCUGCGCCUUCAUCCGCGACCCCGCGCGGCGGCGGGGUGGACCCCGCGCGCCGAGCCUGUGGCAACGCGGCGUGCCACCUCGCGCCGCCUCUCACCGGUGUCCAGGGCGUGGUCUGGUGCGGCCGCGAAGAAGGCGCGUUCGAAGCAGAAACCACGCAGGUCACCCUGGCUUCCUGCGCUGCGCCGCCGCCGGCAGGCGCACACGAUCCACGUUUCCUUGUCGCGUCGCACGACAAAGAGAACCGGGAGUCCUCCUGCCUUCCAGUCCACAGGAGCGGGGUGCUGUAUGCGCCAGCCGCCGCCUCCUCCGCCCCUCUCGAGUCCAGCAAGCGCCCGUCCUCCGGGGCGCCCGCGUGUCAGGACCCAGUGGCGGCGCCGGCAGACUUCGCUGAGCUCAGGUGCGACGCGCCAGGAGCCGCUCCCUGCGUGUCGGCUUCGUCGCCCACCCGGCGGAUCUCUUCGCCGUUGCCAGCCGAGGCCUCAGGCCCUCCGUACCCUGGGCCUUCCGCCCCGAGUCUGCUCGUAGGCAGUGCAGCCUCUUCGAUGUCGCGCGAGGCACUGAGACUGCGAGGGCUGGCUGGUGCGGAGCUUCCCCCCGACGGGUCGACUUUUCUACGCGCACGACCGGCUCCCGCGCGCUCUCACCAGGGCUGCCUCCCCUCUCCUUGCUCUUUCUCUCCUACGUUUGCGGCGGCCGCACCCGUCGCUGCAGGGGAGCUGUCUUCCGCUCCGUCGGCUCGGACUUCGGCUUCUCGCUCGAGGCGCGCCGCGCUGCCUGGGGACGCACCGGCCUCGCUGCCGCCCUCGCCAGCGGCCGCGGCGUCUGUCGCGGCGUCUGCCGCCUCGACCCCGUUUUCCUCCUUUUCUUCACCCUCGCUGCUCCAGGCAGCAGCGACGCAAGGCAGCCUCUGGUGGCGCUCCACGUGCAUGGACACAGAAACCGACGGCCGGCGCAGGCGAAGUGCCUGGGGGGGCGGACUCCGUUCAGGGCGCCAAGGCGAAGCUGAGAAAAAGAAGAGGGAAGAUCCGCGAAAAGCGACACAGAAACUCCGCGGAGGCGGAGAGGCCGCUCGCGCGGAAAGGCCAACGGUGUCCGCGGGGAGCUUCAGCGACAAACGCGCAAGUGAGGACGAGGCGUCCGCCACAGAAAAGGAAGAUGAGAGCGACGCCGCCGACCGGCAGAGUGGGAAGAAGUGCAGACACCUGGAGAGGACAUCUCACAGAAAGGACUGCACAGCGCAGGCCUCGGUUGAGAAGGCAGGAAGUGCCGAGGCGCAACAGUGCAGCACACCCCGCGAGCGCAAGCACCGACACGAAACCAAGAAAGGAGAGGAGGCGCACGAUAGAGAAGGGGGCGCGAGGGGGGGGACGACGAGUGAAGAGAGCUUAGGCGAGAAAGAGGCCGACCGGAGAGACGUAAAGUCUGUGGAGGCGUCGCCUCAGGAGUGCGUGACGCUGGGCGAUCUCCUGCAACGCUGGGCGCUGGAAAGCGACGACGAAGAGUUCCUCGCGGAACCAGGUAGCGAGCAGCGCGACAGCCGCAGGAGCUCGAGAGAAGCUGCUGCCAGGCCAGGCAGAGAUCGAGGCGCGAGUCUGGGAGAAGAUGAGAGGCAGCGUUCGCCUCGUGCGUGCACGGAGCGCCAGGGAGAGAGCGCCGCAGAGCUGGCUUCCAGCGAGAGGCCAAACUGCGACGCUGAAAGCACCGAGCAGGGGGCAGAGAGGACCAAGGGCCUUGCAGACGAAGACGCCUCAACGGUCGCGCCGCGGGCGUCGCCUUCAAAACUGCAGGCGAGGACUUCAGCUCGCACGUCUUUGGCCUCCGCUGCUGGCGCGUGUGGAUCCCCCUGUCUAUUCUCUCUCUCCUCCCCGGCACACGGCCUACCGAUUGGGGCGGACAGCCCCCUCCCCGACGCCCGCACAGUCCUGGGCGCGCCGAGCGCCCAACCGCAUCUCCGGACUCCGCAGAGCUCGGUUUGCCGGCGAGCUCCGCCGUCGCCUUCUUACUCGCUUCAGUCCGCCUCGUCGUCGCCGCUGGCCUCCUCGCCGUCGCCUGCGCUCUCACCGGCAAAGUCGCCCGCGGGUUCGCCGGCGUUCCCCGGCUGGGGCCUCGCGAUGAUGCGGCGGCUCGUGGCUGGAGCGCUGUCUGACAUUGACGGAGAGGGCGACAGUGACUUUUCGCUCUCAGAGGAGGAGGACGACGAGGACGAGGAUCUGUACGCCAAAGACGACUUCGAGCCCGCCGAGAGGGCGACCCCCCAGCACCGGCGAAGAGACACAUGGAGGACAUUCGCAUCGUUCGCCGCGGCGCCGUCGUCACUCUUGACAGGCCACUUCCCGAGCGAAGAAGAAGACGACUCAGACUAUUCGCUCGCUAGCGGAGACAAGUCGGACGUAUCUUCGGGCUCCUCCUCGUCUUCUGGAGAGUCGAGCGACUGCGAAAGCUCCAGCUGCGCUUCGCUGUCGUCCUCGCCAUCGUCGCCUGCUUCGCCUUCUUCGCCUGCUGCGUCGCAGGCCCUGGGCGGCGCCGCCUGGUCGUCGCCUCGUUCGGAAACAAAACGCAAGCGAGCCCGCAGGGCGGAAGACCGGUCUCCGCGGCCCUGCUCGACGCCCCGGAGAAGGGCUUCAAAGAGACAGCGGCGACUCGAGGCGCAGGAUCGGCGAAGAGCGUCUGUCUGCUUGCUCAGCGACGAAGACACAGACGGUGGCGCGGGCGCGUCUCCGCGCUCGUGCCGGCGCGGCGCAGCCUCUGGACGCGAGCGGGACGAGAAACCGAGGCACAAGCGGACGCGUGGGCGUCGGCAGAAGUGGUCGCCGUCCUCAUCCUUCGCGUCCUUUCAGGCGUCUCUGCCCUCGCCCUCGGCGUUCUGGGGCGGCGCCCAGGCGGCAGGGCACGAGUCUUCGCCGUCGGGCGCGUGUCGCCUCGUACAGGGGACGAAGCGGAAGAAGAAAGCCGCGCCGCCGGCGUUCUCGUCGCGCUUCUUCUGGGAUAUUCAGACUGCGUCGGGGGCCGUUGUGCCGCCGCCGUUUCCCCUCGCGCACGUUGCGCACCUGGUGCCGCAGCUGCAGAGCGAGGAGAGCUCGCGCCGCGACAGCUUUGAGCCUGUGCUCAACGGAUUCUCCGCUCGGCAGCUGCGCCACCUCAAGUCCCAGAUGGACUUGUACGUUCAACUUCUCAUGCAAACGGUCUACGUCGUGCGAAACCGGUGCUGCGCGGAGGAGCCCGACGGCGAGCCCGACGUCGAGCCCGAGCCGCGCGGAGUUCGCGAAGGCGAGCCCGCAGACACACCCCCGAGACAAACUGCGGGCGACGGAGGCCACAGCGCAGAGACGUCUGGAGACCGAGUCGAGGGGUCGGAAGCAGCGACGGGACCUGAGCGGAGGGCGCAGACCGCGGACGAAGAGCGGCCGACGGAGGCGAGAGAAGCUGCGCGAGAAGACGCAGGCCACAAACUCGUGCGACGCGCCAUGAUGUGCUGCGAUCGCUUGCUCCAGGGACGCCUUGAGCAGGUCAACCUGCUUCGCUCCCGCCAGAGUCUCCCGGCGCUGCAGCUGCAGGAGCGUUUGCCGUUCCUCGACUCAGCCUGCCCGCCUCUCUCUGCGCCCUCGGCGUCUCAAAACGGCCGCGCAGUCGACGACAGCAGCGGCUUGGUGCCUUUCGCGGGAGUCGCGCAGCAGACGGCUGCGAUCGCGGAGGGCGAGGCGCCGCGCUGUGCGCUUCUCGACUUCCCGCUCCUGCGGAAGAUUAAACAGUUCCUCAUUCUGCUCGAAGAUCAAGACUCGCGCUUCCCCCGCUCUCUGGAGGAGUUCCUACGUCUGCAGCACCCGUUUGUUGAUCCUGCCUUUCUCUCGAGCUGCUACCAGAGGCGAAACGCUUGUCUGGGCGGCCCGCGCGGCGCCUCGGCCUCAGGUUCCGCGGCUGCGCUGUCAUCUUCCUCCAGCGCGCUCGACUCCACAGGCGACGGCGCUGGCGACGGCGACGGAGCGAAGAAAAACGCCUGCGCGAAAGCUGGAGAAAACACUUUCGUGAUUUUUACGCCUGCGGAAGAUCGGCUGCUGGGGCUCGGGCUCGCGCGCGUCGGUCGCGGACAUUUCACGUUUAUCUGCGAGAACUUCCUGCCGUCCAAGACGCAGCUGCAAGUCACCCGACGCUUCAAGGCUCUCCAGAGACGAUGGCAGGCUGCAAAGGACCGUCGCAAUCCACUCGCCGCGUGGCGUAUGAGUCUGACGCAGCCCUUCUCGAUCGAAGAAGACCUGUUGAUUCUUUCGCAUUUGGCAAAGUUCCUCUCGCCCUCUUCCGCGGGCGCGUUGACCGGCUCCCUGGAGGCGGCGGCGGCGGCGUCGCUUGAGGGCGCGAGCCUCGCCCACACGUCGCUCCUCGCGCUCUCGGCGGCAGGGGAGAGAGCUGCCGGCGGCGCGAAGGAUGGCAAGCGCCGCGGCGACGGCAUGCCCGAUGUUCUCUCGUGGCUGCUGUUCAUCGCGAAAUACAACUUGUCGCGAGACGUCACCUCCCUGCAGAAGCGUGCGCGCUUCCUCCGCCAGCUCUCCCUCAGUUCCGCCGCGCUCGCAGACGGAAAAGAAGAUCGAGGGCGGGCUUUCGUUCUCUCGCCCGAAGAGCGGAAGCUGAUGCAGUCGCUCAGGAGUCACAAGACGCCGCACGGCGCGGCGCUGGCUUUCGCCGCGCGCCCUAACGAGGGCACAGGCCAUCGCCGGAACGCCGAGUACAAGCAGCGGCAGAGGGAGAGGGAACAGGCGAAGAAGGCGCGUGGUUCUCAGGACAAGGCGGAGGCGUUCGAGAAGACGGAACGCCACGAAGAGCCUACACACGACAGUCGAGAAGACGACGCAGAGGCCGGAACUAGGCAGGCGUCCUGCAGCCCGGAGACAGUCUCACGGGGCCUGCCAGCGGACGCAGAGGGGGCUGCGCACGCGCGACCCGACGACGCAGAAGGCGCACGCGUCGCUUCGCCUUCGUCUCCCCGAGCAGGCGGGCGCGACCGCGCAAGCGACGGCCGCGCAGAAGCCCGAGGAGGCUCUAGCGGAAACCAGGGCUCGCGCGCCGGCACUUUGCGUCUGCCGGCUCCUCAGGGACAGGCGACUUCGCUUCAAGCCUUGGCGGCCUGCGCCUCUUUGCCGGCAAGUGGGUCUCCCGCGGUGCUCCUCCCGAGUCUCGGGGCGGUUCCCUGUUCGGCUCCCUUGCACCAGGCGGAACCGGAUGCCGACUCUCCUUGCGCAGCUGCGGAGCGUGCGCCGACGGCGCCGCCCUCAGCCGCGAGCGACAAGGCCGGAAGAGAGAAGCCGGUAAUGCGGGCGAGUGGAGAAGGCAAGACGGAUCAAACGCGCCCGGUGGUGCCUGCUGGCGAGGCAGGAUUACCGGUGGAGCGUUUGAGUCGCGUGCCCGCCACAAUUCAGUCCUCGGCGAGCCCUCCCGUGCCGUUUCCUUCGUCGUUCGCCUCCUCCUGUCGCGCGGCAUCAGACGCUGCCGCUUGUCUCGCCUCUUGCCCGGCGCAGCCGCUUCAGAUUCGAGCGGGAUAUGGCUACGUCACGCCUCCUGCUUUCGGCGCCGGCGUCGCGUCUGCACCUGUUUGCUUCCGUGGCGUGUGUUCAUCCGGAGCCUCGCUGCCCUCCUCUGCUGCGCCGCCGCACUGGCAAGUCGCCUCGCGGCUAACCGCCGGCGCGGCCUGCGCGACCGUCUCGGGGCGAGUGGAGGCUGUCCGCCCGCCUUCGGAUCGCCUCGCGACCGUUCCUGCAGGGGGAAUUGCAAGGCCGGCGGCGUCCGCGCCUCUCCAAGGGAGCGCGGCGCUGCCCCUGUCGGUUCGUGCCGCGGCUGCGCCCGUGCAGGCCGCAGAGUCCCGCCUCGCGCGGGAUCCGCUGCCCUUCGAGCCGGCGCUUCCUUCGGCCGCUAGGGUUCCUGGCGACUCGGACUCGCCCUCGUCGAGCGUGGCGGCGCUCGCGUUGGAGGUCGCGGAGGGACUGGAGAGAGACGGGAAGCCGCCGGAGCCUGCGGCGGGCGUCGCGGAAGCGGCGCGCAGAGCCCAGGGCCCGUGUGCCGCAUGCUGCGCGCCCUUCUACCAAGACAUCACCGCGAUCGGCGAGGCACUCGACGAGAUGCCUUGCGACUUCCUGGUAGACAAACUGAACUGCGAGCUGCCCGCCGCCAUGGCGUUCGAGCCGCUCGCGCAGGCCAUUGUGAACUGCCAGAGCCACAUGUUUCUGUCGCGCCCGAAGCCGGUGAAAAUUGGGCAUCGAAUCAUUCGCGCAAAGCGCCUCUGUCCGCCGUCUCUGCGGGUGAAGAAGGAAAUCCGCGAGAUGAUUGUGAAGCAGAAGCUGCUUGUCGCGCGCGAGAGAGAAGGCCGAGCUCUCGGGCGAGAUCCCGCAGCGUUAGCCCUUCUUGAGCGCCAUCGCGCUGCUUAUUGGCGGUCUGCGUCUCCGCCCUCCCUUCAGAUUCGUUGCCUAUCUUCCUCUGCGUCUUCCCCCUCGUCUUCCUCCGCGUCUUUCGCUUCGUUUAGUUCCUCUGAGAUGGCGUUGUCCGCGUCUCCAUCGCUUCCGUCGCCCCUGGGGCCUGUUCCGGGGUCUGCCCUCGCUUUGUCACCACUCAUGCCCACGCCCUUCGCCUCUCUUGCUUCAUCGUCCCUCCGUCCGGCUGCCUUCAGCUCUCCUGCGCUGCCUCCGUCCGCCGGCGAAGUGGCUCUACACGUCCCCCCUGGUGUCGGCGCCGCUCUCGCGAAAGAGUUGUCUGUCGGGUGCCCUUCUUCAGAGUCUUGUUCGCUCGGCGCAGCGUCCUGCGGAGCGCAGUCGGAUGCCGCCGUGCGGCAUUCGCCUCCGCCAGCUCUGUCUGCUGCGUCUUCUGCGUCGGCACUGCAGGCGUCUCCUCUUCCAAGCGUGUCUGAGAGCCGUCCGGCGCCGUCGCCGUUGCUUGCGCCGGUCGUUCCAACUCGCAGACAGUCGCCCUUGGCGUUGUCGCUCUCCGCUGACGAAGGCAAAAGGUCCGACGCCGUUUACUCUCUGACGCAAACAGACUGUGCGGGCGAGGGCACACGCCGGGCGGCUGCGCGGCGGGACGCGCAGGCAGGGCUGGCGCGUCCCGCCGUGACCCCCCAGGCGUGGCUCUCGCCGUCGGCGAGGGUGAAUGAGGACGGCGGAAGGCGUGAGAGAGACGACGUGAAUCUGAUCGAGGACGAUGAGUCUGAAGACGAGGAUGAUAUCGAGAGACUGAUCCAGUCCCUGCUGCUUCACGCCUCAGCCGACAGCGAGGUCCCGCGGCAAGCGCCGCCUCCCCACGGCGAGCUCGCGCCGAGCUCGAGUCGAUACGCCUCUGUUGCGGCGCAUUCUGCGGCCGCUUCGACGUCCUCUCUUGCGGCGUCUCAGGCCGCGUCCCCGUCGCCAUCAGCGCCGGCGUUGGCUUGCGCGCCGUCCUCGCCGAGUCGCGUUGCUUCCGCUGCCUUCGCGUCGCCGCGCCCGCCGCACGCGGGAGGCGAAGUCGCCGCUUGUGCGCUGACGGGGGCAGCACGUCAGGCAGCGGUAGGAGAGGACGCGCCGAAGGACGUCGGCUGCUGCAGAGGAAGACAGUCGACCGAGGCGAGCCCGGCGGGUUCGCGUUUUAUGGCAGACGACGCGGCAGGAACACGCGGCUGUCAGCCGUGUGCCUCCGAAGAAAGCGGAGGCAGAUUACCGCAGAGCGGUGCGCGCGAGGACUCGCCCGGUGGUCAAAGGAAGUCGCCUCGCUCCGCGGAAAGGGCGGGAGAGUGGCGAGGAGCCCAAAAGGCAGCUGCGGGUUGCGAGGCAGACAGCGCGGGCAGGUGUCGAUGGCAGUGCCACAGCGGCGAGGAGUGCAGCAGAGGUCUGGCCGCAGAGUCCAUUUGCUACUGCCUGGCGAUGGAGUCGAGUGCGAAUGUCUCUAGGGCGGCGUCGCCGAAAAACACCGCCGAGGGCCUGGUAGCGAGCGCCGCAGCUCAAGCGUGGCGCGGAGAGCCACCCGAGAUGCAGGGCGCCGCAGAGAGCCGGCGCAAAGAGGUGGAGAGGGCAACGCAGCGCCCAGAUAACGCACUUCAGCCUCAGACAGGCGAGGGGCUGGCGGCUCAGCUCACAGCCUCGAGAGGCGUCGCGUCUCCCCGUCCGUCGCUCUGCGUCUCCGUGAAGCAUGCAGUCAGCUGGCGCGGGUGUGACGACGGUGCAAGCGAGGCGAAGACGUCCGAAGCGUGUUUGGCUUUCGCCGCUUCGGCCUCGGCGGCGGAGCUCUUCAGCGAGAGCCCCGGUCUCGUGUCCAGCACGCCCGACACGCGGGCGUCGAUCUCUUCGCGACUGUCGUCUUCGUCUGCCUCGCCGCUCUUCUAUUCGUGGGCGGCGCCGCCUGCACCGGCGCUCUCCAGGGAAUGGAGCACGGCGAGCGCCGAGAGCUGCGAGGACUCGCGGAGCGUCGCCGCCGGGUUCGCGACGCUCACCGCCUCGACUUCGUCGGAGUUGGUUGAUGCGCCUGCCUUCGUGCUCUCGCCCUCGCUGUCGGCGUUUUCCGCGGAGUCGGCGAAGGCCGCGUCUGCAGAGCCAGAGGCCGCGUCUGCAGAGCCAGAGGCCGCGUCUGCAGAGCCAGAGGCCGCGUCUGCAGAGCCAGAGGCCGCGUCUGCAGAGCCAGAGGCCGCGUCUGCAGAGCCAGAGGCCGCGCCGCAGCUCGCAGCGGAGGACCUUAUCCUGUGUCUGUGGCGGAAGCUCCUGCCGCGGGAGGAGCCGCCAGCCGCGGCCGCGGAGCGCGCGCAGCUGCGGACCGGAGUCCGCGAGCUCUUCCGCGCAUUCUGCCAAAGCAGGGAAUCAAGCGGAGGUCGCUGCGGCGGCGUCCCGAGCACCACGCGCCGAGCUGCACCCGACGCCGCUGUCGAAUCGAGUGUGCGACACGCUAGCGGGCUCUAA